AUGUCUCUGGAGGCUAGAACACAGGAGCUGAGGCUGGGUUGGCAGUGGAAGGAGCGUUGCACGGCGCUCACGUUGUUCGCGGACAUCAAUGCCGACCACACAAGUGACUCCAAGUACCAAUGGAGAUAUGCAGACAGCAUACCAUCUGAGAUUCACGUUGAGCUUUUGAAGGCGGGACUCAUUCCCGACCCGUAUGUUGGUUUCAACGAGCACCUGGUCCAAUGGAUAGGAGACACUGAAUGGCUGUACCGCUUCCGAUUCUCCGUUGACGUUCUUGGCCCGGAGGCUGAGUUUGUCGACUUACAACUCGAAGGACUGGAUAGCAUAUGCGACAUAUACGUAAUCAAGCUGGAUCGCUACAAACUCGACGCUAUCAAUGAAUUACUACUUCAUUUCAAAUCUGCGAAAAAUAUCGCGCUCGACGAGGAGAAGAAGUAUGGCGCCGUGCGUGCUGGGUCCACAAAUCUAGGACAUCCUUCACGCGUGUAUGUGCGGAAAGCGCAAUAUGACUGGCGGUUCGGUCCCGAGCUCAUGACGUGCGGCCCUUACCGACCUGUGAAACUUAUAUCUUACACAGCGCGGUUAUCUUGCGUUCACGCUCGCGCAUCUGUGAGACCAGACCUAGAGCCGUCUCUGUCUGUCGACUUGGACAUCGACGGACGCCUUCAAGCAGUUCACUCCAUCCGGGUGCGCCUGUUCGACCUUCAAGGCAACGUGCUUCGAGAACAUAUCUCGGCCGAGAGCCCAGCGAGCGAUGAAGCCGAUCGUAGUACACUGAUGCACGUACCAUCCGUGGUCACCUGGGGGCUUAAAGACGUCGUCCAAUUGUGGUGGCCGGUCGAUUACGGCGAUCAAGCGCUUUACCUGGUGAACGUUGAAUUACUGGGUCUUGAAGGAGCCGUCAUUGAUUCUCAUAAUCAGAGGAUAGGAUUUCGAAGAAUUGAGCUCGUACAGGAGCCGCUUGCGGAAGCCGAUCAGUAUGGAAAAGGCAGUACGUUCUUCUUCCGAAUAAAUGGUGUUCGGGUGUUUGCUGGUGGAUCCAACUGGAUACCUGCGGAUAACUUUCUGACUACAAUCUCUUCUGCCCGAUAUCGCGCGUGGAUAACACUCCUUCGUGAUGGAAAUCAGAAUAUGGUGCGCGUAUGGGGUGGGGGAAUCUACGAACCCGAUAAUUUUUACGACGUCUGUGAUGAACUCGGCAUCCUUGUCUGGCAGGACUUUCAAUUCGCAUGCGGAGUGUACCCUGCACAUGAUGAUUUCGUGCAAUCUGUCAAAGCAGAGGCCCAAGUCAAUGUUAAACGCCUCCGCAGACAUCCAUCGUUGGCCCUGUUUUGUGGCAAUAACGAAGAUUAUCAGAUGGUUCUUCAAUGGGGAGAUGUAGCUGAACUUCCAGCGAGGAAGAUAUACGAGGAAGUUCUGCCUUCUGUAGUUACUGAACUGACCGAUCCGGUAAACCCGAUCCCCUAUCAUCGAGGAUCCCCAUAUGGAGGAGAGGGGUGGGAUACCGCCGACCCAACAAUUGGAGAUAUUCACCAAUGGAAUAUCUGGGGCGGAGCGGAGAAACCGUGGCAGGAGUAUGAUCAUAUGGGUGGUCGUUUUGUGAGUGAAUUCGGAAUUCCAGCUAUGCCAUGUCUACGGACUGUCAUGGCAUGGGCUAGGGAUACUCCCGAAGGAGAAGAGAAAUUGCACCCACAAUCCAAAAUCAUGGCCCAACACUGUCGUGCCGGACAAUUUGAGCGCCGUUUCGCAAUUCUUAUGAAUGAGAAUUUCCGACUGACGGAAGACCUCGAAAGAUAUGCUUAUAACACGCAGCUUCUCCAAAGCGAAGCAGUCUCUUUUGCGUAUAGGACGUGGAGGAGAGAGUGGAAGGGGAAAGGAAAAGAGUAUUGUUCUGGAGUACUAGCCUGGCAAUUGAACGAUUGCUGGCCGGUGACAUCUUGGGCGAUUGCGGAUUACUUCUUACGACCGAAGCCCGCCUACUAUAGCAUUUCUCGCGAACUACGCAAAGUAACCAUCGGCGUAUUCAGAACCGUGCACAAGAAUCGGCCGAGCGACCGGCCACGGCAGACCUACGAAUUUGGAGCAUACCAGACUGCUGGCGCAACCAUUUCGGUGUGGGCGACCAAUGCAGCGCUUUCUCCGGUCACUGCAAAGGUCGAGAUCACGUCGAGGUGCCUGUUGUCGGACUGGUCUCAUGUUGAAGUACAAGACGGUCUCACGUUAGGGCCUAACCAAUCCACCGAAAUCAAUUCCGACCUGCCCUGCUUCGGACCGAAAGGCACGACUGAUUCUCAUACCGUGGUCGUAGCAGCGCGGUUAUUGGAUUCGAGAUCUGGCGAGGUGCUUGCUCGAUAUGUGGAUUGGCCCCAGCCAUUCAAAUAUCUCGAUCUGCGCAUAGAUCCAGGGCUCUCCAUCCAAGUGGACCUUCCUCCAAGCGGAGUUGACGAGACCAAAUUACACAUAUCCUCGCAGAAACCGGUCAAGUGCCUGUUCUUCAGCGUGGACUAUCCGCAUCAGAGUAUCACGGAUCACAAAGCUCAGUCAUGGGAACAUGCCGAACAUUUCUCAGAAGAGCCCAAAUGGAGCGAUAAUGCACUCGAUAUCAUGCCAGGCGACGAGCAAUUGAUCAAGGUUAAGGGCCUGCGAGGGAGAGUCAUACGGGCGGCGUAUUUAGGCCACGAAAAGGGGUUUCCCAUACAAUAG